CACACACAUCCUCGUUCUGAGACGGCGCGGUCUGCGGUUUGAAGAACGCGCUGAAAGACGGGGAGGAGCCGAAGACUGUCGCCGUUUUUAUAUGGAAUUUUAAGGGGACUGAGGAGAUCACGAAUUUGUGUAGAAUCGCAGAUUUUUUAAGGGGGGGCUGAGUAGAAAUGUAAAUGCCCUAGCGACGCCCAUGCGUGCUGAUACUGCGGUCCUCCUCUCUCUUCUCUAGACCUCGCUGUCUCACUCAUCGGAUGUAGGUCAUCACCGAGGUAUUUGUCAGUCACAGCUUCCUAGUAUAUUUCUGCAUGGCGUUAACAUGGAUUUGUCUGGUGCUUUUAUUUCUUACCAGCAUUAAAGCAAUAAGGGUCAUUGGUCAGGAUGUGACUGUGACAGCAGGAGAUGAUGCAGAAUUGUUCUGUCAAGUGGUGGAAACAGCAGAGACUCUAACAAGUAUUAGGUGGCAAAGACGAACAAAGGAAAAGCCAUCAAAUACAGAUAUUCUGAUUAUCACUUCAGGUGGCAAACAGGAAUAUAUAAACGGAUUGAGGGAUCGACUAAAAUUCGCAGCGAACUUUGCAGGACUGAAUGGCUCUAUUCUAUUAAGUAAUGUUACUGUUUUAGAUGAAGGAGUCUACACCUGCAUCUUCAGUGUGUUUCCAAGUGGACCUUAUGAAACAGAAGUUCGUCUCACGGUACAAGUUCCUCCUGUUGUCAGUGUGAGCGCUGAUGUUCCUGUUGUUGCUGGUGAUAGUGAUGUGGUUUUAGCGACCUGCACUGCAGCCGAUGCAAAGCCUGCAGCAGAAGUGUCGUGGAGUCUUGGUGUUUUAAAUAACUCAGUGAACGUACAAAACACUGUCACUGUGGACUCUGAAGGAAGAUACACUGUUAAAAGAAGCCUGAUUGGAAAUGCAUCUGUAGAUCUAAACCAGAAGAAUGUUCAGUGUGAGGUUACACACCCUGGUCUGAAGGAGAAACUGGAACUGAGUUACACAUUGAAUGUUCACUAUCCUCCUCAGGUGGUUUAUAUUAAUUCAGCAGGUGAUCAAGGGGAAACUGGUGAAUUACAUUGUGAAGCAGAUGCUAAUCCAAAACCUACAAACUUCACCUGGAACAGAUAUUUUCCCGUGAAUGAGACUCUUUCCAGCAGUGUUGAUAGCAGACUGAUUAUUCCGCUGACCCCUGGCAGUAACAGACUUUACUACUGUGUGGCAUCUAACCAACAUGGGACUGCUGUAGGUUCCCUCUACUUGCAUAUUAUACCAUCUACCGAAUCCAAAACCUGCUGGACUCUGUACAUCAUAACCCUCAUUGCUGGGGUUUGCUGUUUUCUCAUUUGGAAAUUUAAUUUGCUUCAGCAUUUUAUAAAAAGACUACGGCUUAAGAAUUUCCUUCAGACAUCUCUACUGGGACCAAACCUUCCUCAACCCUAGCUUAUCAUUCAUGGUGGAGGGGAUUAUCAUCAAUAAUAUCCAUGACCUACAAUGGUCUCUUUGUCUCUUAUUCAAUGCCAUUACUGACAUUACCGUACAUCCUCUCAUGUGCACCUGCAUCAUCCUACUUCACACUGAGAUCAUUUCCUAUUUUGUUUGUUUGUUUAUUUUUGUCACAUAUUCAUCAUAGCACAGUUUGGAAGUUGUGGUCAGAGCGCAGGGUCAGACUGAUGCUGAUGCAGCACCUCUGGAGCAGAAAGAGUUAGGGGGCUUGCUGAAUGACCCAAAAGAGGCAGCUUGUCGAGCUGAGUUUUGAACUCCGAUCUUUCGAUCAACAGCCUUAACUACUUGAGCUAACAAAUUCCAUGGACAUGUUAAACCCAUGGUACUUCACAAUAAAGGUUAUUCUGAUGUAAAAAGCCAAGUGAUCAAAACCUGACACAUUCAAGCACAGAUCAGAUCAGGCCAAGUACAUGCUGGUGGUAUAAUGAAGUAUAGAUUCCCUGUGCAAUAUGCCAAGUUGACAGUAAAUAAAAGAUAUAUUUUAUUUUUUUUAAAAGAGUACAUAAAGGUCUGCUGUUUUAUUCUUUAUGAUAUUUUACUUGUAGCUCUUUUCCCAGCAUUCUCCUGCUUUUAGAACACAGGAAAUACAACAAAAGCUUGAGCCAAAAAAAGUCUGAAUACUCAGGGCUGUCAUUACAUUAGUGGUAAAUGCUUUUACAUCAUUCUUGUUUGAUUUGUAAAACACAAUUUAUUUUGCAUAAUGUUUUAAAGUAUUUGACUCUGCAUCUCUGUUUCUGCCCAUUGCACAAGCUUUACUACUGCAGUUUUUAUAAUUCUGUGUCGAGGGCUGUUAUUGCUAUAGUUCUGUCCUGUGUUUAAAAAAAGAAAAGAAAGCUUUAUUAAAACAUCUGUUGCUGUUUUAUAUUAAGGCCAGAGCAAGAGAGAAAGAGAGCUGGACAUUCAUAUAAUGGCAAUGGUUCAUGUCAGCAUCAAUGAAACACAGUGAAAUGCAAAACUGUCAACCCUUUGAGUUCAUUUAUUCCUAGUUUCUUUGUUUGUUUGUUUUCUGUGUGCUAGUUAUAGAUCAAUAUCAUUAUGGACUUGUACUGUACCAUAAAAGGCACCAUAAAAGCUUUAACAUAAGCUUUAGAAUGAUGCUAUAAAUAUAAUUUAAACACAUUAAUUCCACAAUUUGCAGCAAGUACAGAUCUUCUCCAAAGUUUUGAAAUGGCGAGUUUGGAUCAGUGUCUGUCCUACAUUGUGCCUGUGGCCACAUCAUGCUCUCACACUCUUGGAGAUCCUCUGGGAAGGAAGCAAUAUCGUUAAGUUCAUCCACACUGAGAAGCACAAAAACAACUGGAAUUUUUAAGAAGCAAGUGAUAAAAUAUAAUAAAAAAAAAUUGUUUGUCACAAAGCUGCAGACCUUAAAUAAAUAGGCAAGGACAAGGAUAAACACACACAAAAACCUGAAGUCUUCUGGCACAACGUAAAUGAAAGAAGUCAUAGGUUAUUAUAUUUUAAGACUACACAGGAAGCUAUCAGUUCAAAAAUCUUAACCAGUCUCAAACACAGGACUCAAACUAGGACUCGACAUUCAGAGCAUGUAUUUGUUUCAGAGAUAUUAAAGAUAACAGGGCAACAAGAGACACCUUUCAACCACAUGUUCCAAUAUUUUUGAUCAUUUAAAGACGGAGUGGGUUCAAACAAAAGCAUUGUCUUUAAUGUAAACACACACCAGGGUUUAACAGGUCACUUAAAAUGCUUAUCAGGUUUUAGUUAUAUUUCUAGCCAAAUUACAUCCCAAAAACAACGCAGAAACUUUUUUUUCUCAGCCAAACAUAAAAAAAAAUAAAAUCUAAGUUUACCAUGGUGUAUACAUAUUUCUGGUAUCACUAUGUAUAGGGGCAUCUUCCACAAAUUUACAUUUACAAAUGUAUUCAUUUCAAUGGUAUGUUGAGAUCUUUAUAUUACAAGGUUAUAUCUGCCACUUAUUUUUAACCCAAAUACUGAACUGUACCGACCUCACACACACAGACACACACACACACACACAGACACACACACACAUUUUCAUUUCACUGUGUACUGUCAGCUAUAUAUGGUUGAAAUGACAAUAAAAGCAUGACUUGAUAUAGCAGAUGUGCUAUUUAACUAUGUGCUUUUGCAAAAUGUGUGUGCAGUGUGUGUAUGCAAGUGUCCUUUCAAAACCAUAAACGUGUUAAUUUUUUUGUGGAGAAACCUGUUGCAGUGUUUAACUUACCAUACUGCCACUAUAAACUGUGCUAUUUUGAUUAAUACAUCAACAUACUACGUAUUUUGAUAUUUUAUUUUACUCUUAAUUUACUUAGAUUGUACUAUGAACAGCAUGAUCAGCUGCCUGAACAACUGCGUAAAUUUACAGGCGUUCCUAACAAAGUGCAUGUUGAGUGUAUGUGUCUGUAAUUCUACAGUAUUUUAACUUGAACCAUUUACUUUAUAUUUAACUAAAGAAAAUGGUAAUACAGGCUGUUUAAACUUGUGCAUGACAGUUUAGGAAGUUUGAAAUAUCUACAUAGUUUAUUUUCUAGCAAAUGAUAACUUAAAAAGUUAUUAGUGUGUGUGUGUGUGAUCAGGUAGACUCAUAUUUGGCUUGUUCAGUACUCAAAUCUUAUACACAUCUAUGCAAUACAGUGGAAUGCUGCAAUAAGUUUACCAUCCUACCCUGAUAAAAAUGGUGAUCAUACAUACCUAAUUUUUUAUAAGCGGUCAAAACAGACCCGGUCAGUUUGGCACGCGGAGAGAAAAAGUGUAUAAUAAAUGGGAGGUAAAUACAAGGGCUAAUCACCCAUUAAAUAACAAAGUAAAAAAGAAAUGGAUGAAAUAGAUGGCCCCCGUGACUCCAAUUCACAAUCUGAUUGGUUAAUGUAACAAUUUCAUUGCCACUUAUUUUAAGCUCCGGGCGCCUGCACUAUUGAUUCUGAAGGCCUUAAGGCAGAUUUUCACUCUGGUGACACAUGAUGUCAGCUACUGGCUGAAAUAUGAUUGGAUAAAUACUCUUAUCAUAAAUAUACACUACUGGAAGCAGUGCAACCAAGAGAAACGUAGAGAAUAGACUAUUGGGAAUAAUUUAAUACACAUUCAUGGAAAAAUAUAUUAAAUAUAUUAAAAUGCAAGUCAGUGAUACAGAUCACUGCUAUUUAGGCCAGGAGAGAAGACCUUGCUGGCCCUGACGGCCCACCACUGAAUGACUGUGUUUUCAACCUACAUAUGACAUUGAUGAUCAAAAAGCAUUGUAUUUUAUGUGUCUUUCCUGUAUUGUGUGUUUUUGUACUGAACUGACACACACACACACACACACACACUUAUUCAAUAUACAUCAAUGUUUAUAGCACAACUCAUAUAAACACUGUUUAUAUGCUCUUUAUGCACAUCACAAUUCAAUGCUACUAAUGUAUGUAUCUAAAUCCUCUUAAUGUUUACAAAUCCUCUAUUUGCACAAUGCUAAAUACUGUCUGUAUACUAGUCAGCGCUAUUUUUUGUAUCUGUCCUGUAGUGUUUUGUAUUGUCUGUCUGCACUGUCUUUUGUUUUGCACUGAUUGCACUAGGUUGCACAUUAUGCACUUUAUGUGGCUUGGACAACUUAACCUUAGUGGUUAGCUCUGUGAAUGUUUUAUGUAACAACAUGGUCCUGGAGAAACAUUGUUUAAUUUCUCUGUGUAUUGCAUCAAGCUAUAUAUGGUUGCCAAUAAAAGCUUCUUGACUUGACUCUUUUGUGUGUAUUAUUAUUCUCUGUAUAUAUUAAUCACUGUAUAUAUUGCAUUGUUGCACUACUAUCCACUAUCACAUUGUCUCAUACUUUGUAUAUUGUGGACUUUAUUUGAUUUUUCUGUAUAGCAUUGUCUGUAAAUUAAUGUAUAGUGUUGUUAUUUUGAGGGUCGCUCACAGCCAGUACUAAAUUCCUUGUGUGUGUAAAACAUACUUGGCCAAUAAACAUGAUUCUGAUUCCUUCUCCAGUUAAAUGGAGUUGAAUUCUUUCUCAAGCUAAAUGGAUAUUGACGAUAUUUUUUUGUAAUUGUUUGUUUAGAAAUAAUUAUAAAUAUGCAUGUAGUAUCUGAGACAUAAGUUGACUAAGCCACCUCCUAAUAAAGGCAGGAGGAACCUCCCCAAGUCACAAUGCUCUGGUACAAAGAGAUCAAACCCAAUGUGUAACAAAAUGUCCCAACUUAAGCCAUAAGAAUAAGAACUCUCCUCAAGACUCCAAGAAGGGUUGGGCCUGCUCGCAUGCACCACCUGUAAGAGAGAAAAGACAGAAAGAUCACCCACAGCAUGCACUGCAAACAAACAAAUCUUAUAUUCACCACUACAGUGCCAAGUGUCUGAUACACACCACACAGCUUGUGCCACCCCACAGGGAUCACCUACCCCAGAGGAGGAUAGCGUCGAUGCUGGCCCAGCCCUGUACAAAACCACAGAACACUAACAAGUAAUUUGAGGAGAGAAAUCACGCCGAUAAUCAAAAUAAUACAAACAAUAUUUAAUACGAGUCAAUAAAAGAUAAUAAAAUAAACACAGGACAUACAACUAAAUAGAUAAGAAACAGUAGCUGGUCUGCCCUUUAGUGAAAGUCCACUGCAGUAAACCACAGUCUCGGUCAAUCUCAUGACCAAACUCUGAAUACAUUGAAAAUAGAGUUAUUCAAUGCUCAUAGAUAGCCGUCAGUCCCUAGGAGGUACUGCAAUUGUAAAUACUUUCUGCCCCUUGUUCCCACAGUGUGUGAAAACACCAUCAAUUACUCACCCUGGAUGAAAAGACUGCACAUUAAGCAUACCUUUGGCAACAAACCAAACUCCCCACUCAUCGCCGUAGCCACUACUUCUUAGUCGUUGGACUAGUUACCCACACCUGAAGCUCAUUACACCAGCUACCCCCCUCUCACAUGUACAAGUAUGAAUUAUGUGAAUUUAUAGUUCAAAUAAUCAUGCAUUUAAUUAUAAUUUCUUUUAACUGCAACAAGCAUGGAAAGAGGAUUUAUAUUUCUGAAGUUUUUGCAGGCUUGUACCAUUUAGCUCAGUUUUUUCAACAAGACAAAUACAGCUUCAGAAUGUCUGCACCAACCGGAAGACCGGAAAGGGCUUGCUUAUGUAAGGAAGACAGAAA